CCUCAGACGUGCGAACGAGGCGGGCAUCCAGCCUUCGGGUCGACUCCGCGGCGACCCCCAGGAUGCCUGAGGCCGGGGACUCCCGCCAGGACCUCGCGCGAUGGAAGAAGAAGCAGCCGGUGCACCGCACGGUCAGCCAGAUCUGCCCGCCCCCUCGGCGGCCCCUGACGGUGGCCGACAUCCGCCCCGGCAUGGAGAACGAGAGGCUGGGUGUCGUGCGGGACUCCAUGUUUCAGAACCCGCUCAUCGUCAAGGCUGAACUCGGCAAGCCCCGGGAGAGAAGCUGCAGCCUGCCCGGCCUCGAUUUCAACUACGGACUCUACAUCCGGGGGCUGGACGGAGGGGUCCCAGAAGCCAUCGGGCACUGGAACGUGUUUAAGCAGCAGCCCACCUGCCCCCAAGAGCUGACCCGGAAUUACAUCGCCAUGAACCGUGGGGCAGUGAAGGCCGGCCUAGUGACCGCCCGGGAGAACAUCCUCUACCGUCAGCUCAACGACAUCCGCAUCAGCGACAAGGACGACCGGCGGCUGAAGAAGGAAGCGCCGUCCCUUCCCCCAGACAUGACUUACGGGAUCCAGGCACGGUGGGACCCCAUCUUGACACAUUCCCCACGGAGGCUGAUCGCCAGAGAGCAUUCAAAGCCCACCGUGAAGAAUAUGCAGUGCGCCAGGGGACCCUGCGCAUGGGCAACUACACCCACCCAUAGGCCCUCGCCUACCAGGACAGGCCUGUUCCAGUGGGAGACGCCCUGGAGGCUCAGCUCUCUCACCAAGCCCAGCUCCACCCUCCACCACCUCCGCAGGCUCCGCUGUGCAAGCACCUCAGCCAGGUCUUAGCCUGGUUAUUUUUGGUAAGGCCCUCCCGUUAGGUCAGCCAACGCCAGCCCUACCUUACCCCAGGAGCCCUCGACCCGGGGACUCCUCCCUAGGCUCACCCUGCUCUCUUCGCAAGCCCUCACCUGACCAGACGAACAACAAUUACAAGGCAGUUUUUAAACAUCCAGACUGAGGGUGGAUUCUGCAGCUCUGCCCAUCAGGCAUUAGGAACAACCUGUGUUUCCUGCAUAAAGCGUGACAGUGACGUGCUUUGAAAGCUCUCAUUUCAUAUUCCAAACAUGAGUUUUAAUUGCUCUUUUUGGGAUGCCUAGUGUCUCGCCACAGCAGAAUAAUCUCUCUGGGACCCCUGACAGCAGGCAGAGCUGAUGGUUCAUUACUCGGACAGCCCCCACCCCUCAGCUCAGGGCCCCGUCAAUCAGGCAGGCCAGGCUGCACUUCCCACCAAGAUCGCCUGGGAUGUGGACCCCUCCCAAAGGAGAGAGGCUUCCAGGCCACGGGGACUUCCUGGGCAAACUUUUGAGUGCUUAUUAAUCCAAUUUUCUGCAGGUUCUUUGGCUUCUUCUCACAAAUUAUAUACUGGUCUGUUUUAAAUUUAAAAGACAGUCUGUCCUCUCCCUCGAGUCCCUGUUUGUAAACCAAUAAACCAAUAAAAGUAGCGAGCCACCUAAACUGAGACUUGUCGGUGGUCCGCGUGGCCACCAAGACUCUCAAAGUCAACCUCCAAGGCACCACGGCACAGCUCCUGGGCAGGCAAGUUCUUGAGUUUUACACGCCAUUGCUAGCCUGAAGGUUCCCCGAUGCCGAGCUUCACCUGGACUUCACCCCAGAAUCCUAGACUGUGCAUCCAGCUGCCCACCUGUCAUCUGCAGGUGGGCGCCUGUCAUUCCUCUCUAACCAAGUCAGAAGACUCCAUUUCCCACCAAACAGGCCUCCUCGUCAGUCUUUCCUGCGUCACAAUUGAGACCCCAUCCACCCAGCUGCUGGGGCCCAAACCUGCAUCGCUCUGUUCCUUCCCUGACACCUGAGCCACCAGAAGACUGUCACCAUCACCUGCCCAGCCCCAGCCUGGGCCAGCCACGACUCUCCCCCUCCACUGCCACCAGCCUUGUGCUCCCUGGAGGACCCAGGCCACCUCCCUGCCUCCUGGCCCACAGCACAGCCCCUUGCUCUCUCUCUCACUCGGCUUCCAUCACCCCUGAGAGCCGCAGCCAGGCCCGCCCCUGGCCCCGCCUCCGCCUGCCGCUCAGCCUGCCCUGGGCUUGGGGCUUAUUUUCUC